UAUAUAUUUUCCCUAUAUAUUUCAAAUCAACCCCUCAAAAUUUAAAGUAUCGAAAGCGCGUGAAAAAGAAAAUUUUUUCAUUGCUAAUGAUACCAUGAAUUCCCUGUACAACUGAUGUUUUCACUGAUUUAUUACUAUAAAUCAUGAUCCAUUGCUCUUCAUUUUCCCCUCUUUUCUCUGUUUUUCAGUGAUGAUUUCUUGGAUCAUUUUCCUUCAAAACCAUGAUUUGAUUUGAUUGAUCAAGUUCUUCAACAAAAACCCAUCAACGAAUUCCUUUCGCUUUCUUGUUUAUUUUUGAGUUUUCGUCGAGUCUUGGAGCAUGGGAAAAAGCAAUAGUAGCAGAGAUUGGACUCAGAUCUAUGCCAUUUACGGCAUGGAUCAGUGGCAAACACUGCUUUUCCUUUUAUGUCACGCUGUUUUGUUCUCAUUACUGUCUAUUAUCUUCGUUUUCUACUUCGAUUCCAUCUUCCACUUCUUCCAAACUUUAUUUCCCAGCCCCAGCGCCGCCCGUUUCGCCGCCGGGUUCAGCGGCGCCGUCACCUCGAUUUCUUCUGUUUGCUUGUUCUUCGCUGCGGCCAACUUUUUGUACUCCGCUGGCCCGUUGCAUUACGAAAUGGCGCAGCGGAUGGUGGGGUCGGUUUAUGAUUGGUCGUCGGUGAAGCUGGCGCUUGACAUUGGAUGCGGCAGAGGGAUUCUUCUCAACUCGGUGGCGACUCAGCUGAAAAAGACUGGUAGUUCGGGUCGGGUUGUUGGGUUGGAUCGUUCUAAACGGACUACUUUGUCCACGCUCCGAACAGCCAACGUUGAAGGUGUGGGGGAGUAUGUAACGUGCAAAGAAGGCGAUGUGAGGAGUUUACCAUUCGAGGAUAACUAUUUCGACGUGGUGGUUUCAGCCGUGUUCGUCCACACCGUGGGAAAAGAAUACGGCCAUCGCACGGUGGAGGCGGCAGCAGAGAGAAUGAGGGUGGUGGGGGAGAUGAUGAGGGUCUUAAAACCCGGCGGCGUUGGGGUAGUUUGGGAUCUACUCCACGUGCCGGAAUACGUGCGGCGGUUGCAGGAAUUAAAGAUGGAAGAUAUUAGGGUUUCCGAGCGUGUAACCGCUUUCAUGGUUAGUAGCCACAUGGUAUCAUUUAGGAAGCCUAGUCAGCAUGUUGUCGGUCCCGGUGAAGUACGGUUGGAUUGGCGAUGCUGACGUGGAAAUAUCGAGCUUAAAUUAUAGAUAAAGCAUUUAGUUAAUUUAAAUACGAUAUUUAGGGGAAUAAAAACACUAAUGAAAAUUAUAGAUAAAA